AUGAUAAAUAAAUUUUUAACAAUUUUUUUAAUAUUUUCAAUUGUAAUAAUUAAAGUUUUAUCACAAUCAUCAAAUGAACAACCAUUAAAUGUAGUACCAUAUCCACAAGAAGUUACAAUGAUUGGUUGUAAUAUUCCAUUAUCAGUAGGAUCAAUAUCAAUUAAAAGUAAUAUUGAAUCAACAAUAUUAAGUAUUUCAAUUUCAAGAUAUCAGAGUUUAUUUUUCCCAUUUGUUUCAAAUAAUGUUUUAAAAGAUAGCUCUUCAAAUAUCGAGUUAUCAUUAAUUAUUGCAAGUGAUGAUGAAACACUUGAAUUGGGUAUUGAUGAAAGUUACUUUUUAUUAGUGAAUCAAGACACUUAUCAAAUAAAAGCCAAUACAAUCUAUGGUGCAAUGAGAGGUUUAGAAACAUUCAAACAAAUGGUAGUUUAUGAUGUUGUAGAAAAUAGUUACUCAUUGACAUGUGCUGAAGUUGUAGACUAUCCAACCUAUCAAUGGAGAGGAUUGUUGGUUGAUAAUGCCCGUCAUUUCCUUCCAAAGAAUAUGGUACUUCAUAUUAUUGACUCGAUGGGUUAUAAUAAAUUCAAUACUAUGCAUUGGCAUUUAAUAGAUACUGUUGCAUUCCCAGUGGAAUCGAAAACCUAUCCAAAGUUAACUGAAGCAUUACUUGGACCUGGUGCAAUUAUUACACAUGAUGAUAUUUUAGAGGUGGUUGCCUAUGCUAAAACCUAUGGAAUUCGUGUGAUUCCUGAAUUUGAUGUUCCAGGCCAUUCUGCAUCAUGGGGUGUAGGCUAUCCAGAGCUGUUAUCCAAUUGUCCAGGCUAUCCACAAAGUUCAAUUCCAUUAGAUUGUUCAAAUCCAUACACUUAUAGUUUUCUUGAAAACUUUUUCUCAGAGAUUGCACCUCUAUUCCAAGAUAGUUAUUUCCAUACUGGUGGUGAUGAAUUGGUAAUUGAUUGUUGGGCCAAUGAUACUUCAAUUCAAAAAUGGAUGAAAACUAAUAACUAUAAUACUUCUGAUGCUUUUCAAUAUUUUGAAGAUCAAUUAGAUGUAAUUUUGAAAUCAAUUAAUCGUACUAAAAUCGCCUGGAAUGAUGUACUUCAACAUGGUGUUAAAUUUGAUAAAGAAACUACUUUGGUUCAAACUUGGACAAAUAUUAAUGAUCUAAGAGAUGUACUAGCCGCUGGUUAUAAAACUAUAACAUCGUUCUUUUUCUAUUUAGAUAGACAAUCACCAACUGGAAAUCAUUAUCAUUAUGAAUGGCAAGAUACUUGGGAAGAUUUCUAUGCAUCAGAUCCAAGAUUAAAUAUUACUUCAAAUGCUGAAAAUAUUUUAGGUGGUGAAGCUACUAUGUUUGGUGAACAAGUUAGUACCGUCAAUUGGGAUGCCAGAGUUUGGCCAAGAGCUAUUGGUAUCUCUGAAAGAUUAUGGUCUGCUACUGAAAUUAAUAAUAUCACUCUUGCUCUCCCUCGUAUUGGCCAAUUCUCUUGUGAUAUGUCUCGUCGUGGUAUUUCCUCUGGUCCAUUAUUCCCUGAUUUUUGCUCAUUACCUGAUGAUUUAUCUUUUUCUUUUAAACCAGUUUAUCAAUUAUCAAAAGAUGAAAUUAAAUUAAUUUUAAAAAAAAAAUAA